AUGAAUGGCUCUGAUGAGGCUGUUGGGUCGCUUGUAGCUGCAGCUCUUCCUCGUGAAGAGCAAAUUAGAGCUACUGAACAAAUAUCCGGGUAUUUAGCUGGCAAUUCAUUGUCUGAAAAUGGAUUGCAUAUUUCUAAACAUGCAUCCCUUGAGUACUUUGGUGAAAGAAGAUGUUCUUCAUCUCAUGCUAAUGAAGAUUUGCUGAUCACAGAAUGCAUUGAACCUGUCAACUUGGCCUCUAUGGAUUUGAGAACCAGUGCAGAUCCUCGGGGAGAUAUCAGUGAAAAGUCUAGUGAAAUGAAGAGUUCUGCUUCUUUGAUGCUAUCAAACUUCCAGUCCUUUUCUAAAGCUUUGCCAUCUUUCACAGCAAUACUCCAGUGCUCUAAUCCAAGUGUAUGCCGGUUCUCUUUGCGCUACCCAUCACAUGGAGUCUGCCUUGCCAAAGCUGGGUUGCAGGUGCAUAUCUGA